UAGUACUUUUCGUUGGCGCCGGUGAGCCUUGCGAGGCCCACGACAGGCGCUGUGAAUGUCGUUUCCUUUGCUUGUCAGCGUUUAACUAUUAAGGCUGAAUUUUAAGGAGCUGAUUUGACAUUUCGUCGCAAUGCUUGGAAGUAACAACGGGAGUUUUGAUAGAAAACUGAAAUAGCGACUAAUAAUCGCGGUUAGAUGCCAACCUCAAACGGCACACUUCGCGAGGUUCACAAGACUCGUGAACUCCAAACGGCACGCAGGUAGUGUGGAACCAGUUUUCGAUAUCUAGUGAAUGUGGAGUGUAAAAUAAGUCGAGUUCUAGUACGUUUUUUUUCAAUGCAUAUCGUCAUUCAGCAUAUAGCCGUCGCCUACACUAUGGCCUACUCCAAAAGUGCACUUUGCGUUUGAGCGUUCCAAUUCGUGCCGAUCGAUGUCAAUCAAGUAAAAUAAGAAGCGUAUCAUAAUUCGGUGCGGCCAUCAUGGCUGAGAAAGUGAUGGUCGUUCUAAAGCGUAGUGAAAAUUCGGGAUUCGGUUUCUCGUUACUGGGUACGACUGGAUUGCCGCAUGUUAUUUACGAUAUCGUAGAGAAUUCACCGGCUGCCGACUCGGGAGAGGUAGAAGCAGGAGAUAUUAUAGUUAAGGUGAAUGGUAUCGAUGUUCAUGGAUACACAACUAAAGAAGUUUUAAGGUGUCUUCGAUUAUCAAAAGAUUCAGUGGCAUUGGAGUUGAAAAGAGAUCCAGCAGUCAAAGCACAUAUAAAAGAGCAUCUUGCUCGUACAAGCUGCCUACAUCAUUCAGAUGUAUCAUCAUUAGAUUUCUUUGACAUAAGAUCUACACAGAAAGCAGUAUCUGCAAGUGAAGAACACACCGCAGUCAGCAAUUUGGCUUUUGAACGUAUUAAUACUAGUAUUCAACGUAAAAGUUCAGGAGAUUCCGGAUGUCGGAAAUCACGCAUUCCAACAGCAGUGAAAAGUCCCGCGAAAACUAUCUCGCUGCAGCCGAGUAACAAGAAAGCACGGACAUCAAAUAUUUCAUCAGCGAACGGCCAUAAUGUGACGAAAGCUGAUGGAUGCGGUCAAUCGGUGGCAUCAACCGCCACACAUCCUUCGGGAAAAGCUCGGUUUGAAGCUUUUAUGAUGACUGGGGAUUUGAUUCUUAACCUCUCGAGAACCCCGCAAAGUAACAGUUUAAUUGUUUCGCAAGCAAAAAAGGUUGACAGUUUACGCGAUUCGCCCCAAAGAUUCAUGCAUCCGAACGGAGGAUUGGCGCCAAGAGCAUCUGGGGAAUCAACACCAUCAUCAUCUUCCUCAUUUUCCGACGACUCAGAAUAUUCCACGAAGAAUAAAAGUAAAGUUAGGAAGGCUCAGAGUGCUAGUAAUAAGCAGUUGGAUGAAGAUGUCCCAAGUGAGGCUUUUUGUGACUAUAACGAAGAAGAAGCGUUAAGUACUGAAAAAAAUAGCGAAUUUAAUAAGAAUGAAGAGUGUGUGCGAGGAGGAGGCGGUGAUGACGAACGCUUAGUAAUUUCAUGCAAUGAAGAUUUGAGUGGGUUUGUAUCAUCGUCUUCCUCCUCGAUAAAUAAGACGGACAACGUUCCAAAAAGAGUUGCGGAGUGCGGUAGAAACAUUAAUGAAAGCGAACAUUAUCCACAACCAUCUUCUUCGUCAUCUUCGACAACAGUGAAAAGUGAGGGAAUUAGUUCUACAGAAACUAGUUUUUCUAUGCCAGCCUCACCAAUUUCAUUGUCGACUCCUCUAAUUGAUUCGAAGGAUAUUGUGAAUUCGGCACCAACUAGUCCAGAACAAUGUUUACCCGAAGUAGUGAGGAGGCAGCAUAAUGGUAUUAUUCGAAAAUGCGAUGCGGCUGGAUUUCGCACUAGUAAAUCGGAAGAUCAUUUGCAACAAAUUCAGCGAGACGGUCUUGGGACAGUCGUACCUAUUGAUAUAGAUGAAGAUAUUAAUAGUUCACUCAAUACUUUACUGGAUACACGGCAUGAUUCAGACGACUCUCAGAUUGCAAAUUGUGAACGGAUAGUGUGGACAUAUAAUGCCCCAAUAACGAAUUUUCCCAAUACGAAAACUUCACCCAGCUCUCAUUCUAGUUCGAUUAGUUCAUCGCCGCAAAGGUCUGACAGCCCAGCUUCCCCCACAUCGGUAUCAAGUUCUGUUAUGUCAUCUAAUUCUGGUUCAAAAGCAACAAUGGGUGGCGUUUUGUACAACAGCAAUACUGGAUUACUUUCCUGCCCAGCAAAUGGCGAUCAAAGUGUUUCAGAAGCAGUAUCUAAUAUUUCAAGCCCAGAUUAUCAAGAUGAUGAUAACUUGCUUAGCUCGAAAGAUUUAGCGGCUAUGGCGCUUAGUGAUCCUAGUGAUUCAGACUCUACAAUCUUAGUUUCAGAUGCAGCAAAGCAAAAAAAACGUGAAAAGUCUGAACGUAGUCAUAAAAUCAUCAUCCAGGUGAAGAGCGGUGAAAAUCAAAUUGGACAAAGCCAAGGCUAUUCAGAAUUGAAAGACUCUGAAGACGAGCUUGCUACAAUAACAGAAGAUUCACCUACUGUUUUAGUUGGUGGAUCAGACCAGAAGGAAGCAUCGCCUCCGGUUUCGGAUGAUGGUAGCGAUGUCGACUCAUUGCAUUCUUAUCACUAUUCUCCCAAAGCUGUUGAUAUGCCAUCAGCGAUAAGAUUAGCAAAACGUCUAUAUUACUUAGAUGGAUUCAAGAAAAGUGAUGUCUCGAGGCACCUAAGUAAAAACAAUGACUUCAGCCGGGCAGUUGCAGAUGAAUAUUUGAAGUUUUUCAAUUUUGGGAAGCAAACAUUGGACGAAUCGUUGCGGGAUUUUUUGCAACAAUUUGCUCUUUCUGGGGAGACGCAAGAACGGGAAAGAGUUCUCGUGCACUUUUCAAAACGCUAUUUAGAUUGUAAUCCCGGAACUUUCAAUUCGCAAGAUGCAGUUCAUACUCUAACGUGCGCAAUCAUGCUCUUAAACACAGAUUUACAUGGGCCAAAUAUAGGACGUAAGAUGACAUGUGCCGAAUUUAUAGAUAACUUAGUAGAAUUAAAUGAUGGUGAAAAUUUUCCAAAGGAUGUUUUAAAAUACUUGUAUCAAGCCAUAAAAAAUCAUCCUCUGGAAUGGGCUCUUGAUGAAGAGUUUUCUGAGCAACAAAAACCUAUGGAUGAAAGCAAUUUGUCGAGUUCUCAAAUCGGAACGAAUCCAUUUCUGGAUGCACCACAAAGUGCGGCAGCUAUUGAGUAUAAGAAAGGAUAUGUUAUGCGCAAAUGCUGUUUCGAUUCCAAUUAUAAAAAAACACCGUUUGGUAAACGCUCUUGGAAGAUGUUUUAUUGUACUUUACGAGAUCUCGUACUUUAUUUACACAAAGAUGAACAUGGCUUCAGGAAAAGUCAGAUGUCUGAUAACGUUCAUAACGCUAUAAGGAUUCAUCAUGCAUUAGCGACGAAAGCGAUUGAUUACACAAAAAAACAACAUGUGUUCCGAUUGCAAACAGCUGACCAAUCAGAAUACUUAUUUCAGACAAGUGAUUCGAAAGAAUUGCAAUCAUGGAUUGAUACAAUUAAUUUCGUAUGUGCAGCUUUUUCGGCGCCCCCUCUAGAGGGCGGUGUUGGGAGUCAAAAACGUUUCCAGCGUCCGCUUCUACCGAGUACACAUACAAAAUUUUUACUGAGUGAACAACUGGCGUUCCAUGAGCAACAAGUAACGCAAUUAGAAAAUGCCUUAACUGAACACAAACAGGGACCUAUACCCAGCAAAGGGCUUCCGCUGCAAAAUUAUAAGGAAAAGGAAGCCUAUCUACAAUACGAGUUGAAGAGGUAUAAAACCUACGCGAAUGUGCUUAAUGUGCGACUGUCGGAUCAGCAGGUAGAAAUGCAGAACUGCCCUAUAAAUUCAGAGGAUCGUUUUCCAACAAACCGACCAAUUCUCUCUAGUACCGGCCAGGUUACGCAAAAUCUGGGAAACAGUAUGCUCCAGGGACAUGCCCAGCAACAAGGAAACAGCCAGAAAUCUUAUGGUACUAGGUCAUGGGUGUAUGAAGCUGGACGAAUUUUUCCGAUGCUUGAAAGUGCAAUAAAUAAAUUUUCGAAAAUUUAUGGCAGGAUAGUUUUCUGAAAUAGUUCUCCCAGUUUAUUGGAAUUCAUCAUCAACAUACACAAGCUACUACAAUGUUGAUACAAACUUAGGUUAAGCCAUAAUUUAAUAAUCGAAUUUUCCACUAUAUAUUUAAAAUUCCAAAUAAAUUUAAAGGAAAUGAGUAUUGUUACAUUGUUCCAAGGUCAAUAAUUAUUUGUUUUAGUAUUUUCCAAUAAUAUAACAGACUUCUUUAUUUGUAUAACUACUUCCAUAAUUUAUAAGAUACAAAUCAGAAAAGUAGAACCAAAUUGGAUAAUAAAGAUGCAAAGCAUUUAAAGAAGGAACAUUA